AUGACCCCUGACUAUUUAAGAGCUGUUGAGAAUAAUCUAACAGAUUCAUGUACAACAGCAAUAUCAACAACCUGCGGUCUGGCGGAACAACAACCUAAAGUUAAACAGCCGCAAGCGGUAGGGCAACAGCAGCAGCAAAUACAUAUACAAAAGCAAUAUCAACAACUUGCGAAACCACAACCGUCUUUAGCUCCAGAAAUGCCACAACAACCAGUAGUUCAGCAGCAGCAAGCGAUAGGACACCAACCUGUUGUUCAACAACAACAGCAUGUUGUUCUACAACAACAGCUUGUUGUUGUUCAACAACAAUCUGUUGUUCAACAACAACAACCUGUUGUUCAACAACAACAACCUGUUGUUCAACAAAAACAGCAUGUUGUUCAACAACAACAACCUGAUAUUCAACAACAAAAACCUGUUGUUCAACAACAGCCUAUUGUUCAACAACAACCUAGUGUGAUAAAAUCUUUAAAAUUCAUUUUCAGAAAAGUAUGA